GUUGGAUUUCGUGAUACUCGAACGGGGGGCACUUUAGUCUUAUAUUAAUCCGAUAACGUCACCAAAAUUCAAUCGCCACGUGUCAGAUAAGCCGCUCCAGAAAAUCAAUUCCUCGGGCACCUAAAUAUGCUGUCAAGAUACGCGCCACCCUUCUUGAUAAAACCUCCACUACUUCGCUUAUGCUCCUCAUUAUUAUCUCCUUUCACAGUUUCACUAAUUCCUAGGACUAGAGUUCACUUUUACCAUUGCCAGAACUCAGGGCGCGGGUUCAUCUCCAUGGCUGGAUUUAAUGCGUCUGCCGGAGAAGCAUCGCCGGAACACGUCACUGGUGAGUGGUUUUCAGUGCCGGAACUUCGUCUUCGCGACCAUCGCUUCACUGUUCCUCUCGAUUACUCUAUUGAUCGCAAUGCCUCUCCAGAGAUCACCGUUUUCGCUCGCGAAGUUGUUGCCGUUGGUAAAGAAGAGCAACCACUACCAUACCUGUUAUUUCUACAAGGUGGACCGGGUUUUGAGUGCCCACGACCAACUCAAUCCAGUGGAUGGAUACAGAAAGCAUGCGAGGAAUUUCGUGUUGUAUUGAUGGAUCAGCGAGGAACUGGCCUAUCAACUCCUUUGUCCACAUCAUCCAUGCUGCAACUAAAGUCUGCUGAGAAUUUGGUUGACUACUUAAAACAUUUUCGAGCUGACAAUAUAGUAAAUGAUGCUGAGUUUAUUCGAGUUCGACUUGAUCCUGAAGCCAGACCAUGGACCAUCUUGGGGCAGAGCUAUGGAGGGUUUUGUGCGGUUACCUAUUUGAGCCAAGCACCUCAGGGACUUAGACAAGCUUUUCUAACUGGAGGAACUCCUCCACUUGGAAAUGGAUGCACUGCAGAUCUUGUCUAUAAAUUAUGCUUUGAUCAGGUUAUUCUGCAGAAUGAAAAGUAUUACAAGAGAUUCCCUCAGGAUGUUGAAAUUGUACGUGAUAUUGUGAAUCAUUUGGCUGAAUCUGAAGGAGGCGGGGUGCUUCUACCGUCAGGGGGUAUUUUAACCCCAAGAGUAUUGCAAACACUUGGACUGGAUGCUUUAGGAUCCAGUUCUGGUUUUGAGCGCUUACACUAUACGUUGGAGAGGGUCUGGGAUCCUGUAAUAGUUCCAGGAGCUCCAAAACAAAUUAGUUACUAUUUCUUGAAUGCUGUUGAAAAAUGGUUAGAUUUUGAUACAAAUCCACUUUUUGUUCUGAUGCAUGAGAGUAUAUACUGUCAAGGUGCUUCAUCACGGUGGGCAGCUGAAAGAAUAAUGGCUGAUUAUGAGGGCAAAUUUCAUCCAAUUAAGGCUGCAAAAGGAGGCCGUCCUGUUUUUUUUACAGGAGAGAUGAUCUUCCCUUGGAUGUUCGAUGAAAUUCAUGCCUUGAGACCUUUUAAAGAAGCUGCUCAUUUGUUAGCUGAGAAAAAGGAUUGGCCUCCCCUUUAUGAUGUUGCAACACUAAAUAAUAACAAGGUACCUGUUGCAGCUGCUGUUUAUUAUGACGAUGUGUAUGUCAACUUUAAAAUAGCUAUGGAGACAGCAUCUCAGAUAGCGGGAAUUAGGCUAUGGAUAACUAACGAAUACAUGCAUUCUGGUCUACGUGAUGAUGGAGGACAUGUAUUUGAUCACUUGAUGGGAAUGUUAAAUGGAAAAAGGCCUUUGUUCUGAUAUCUGUUACUGUACUGCGUUUAAUUUUAUUAUUUAAAAGCUGCAAUUUACCCAUCUCAUAAUUUUUUUUUUUUUAAAUUUCCAUCAUCUUAGAGCUCAAGACGAGACUUCUAUUGUACAAAACAACUUUUUAUCAAUCAAAAUCAAAUCUUUUUUAA